AUGUUGACGCAAUUGACCAGCGGAGGGGAGGAGCUAGCGGGAGGUUACGCAGACGUCAUUGCAACCCUGACCUGUCAAGGCAUGGACUCCACUAGACCCCUGAAGGUGCGCUGUGGUAUCGGGCACCAAAAUGUUAGCAACAGAUCCUUUAAGUCCUGGCGCAUUAUCCUGCUGACAGAGGCCACAGUCAUCAGGGAAUCCCGCGGACCAGUUCUGGUGCUCAUUGUUGAUGCUUUCAGUGGUGGACAGGGAACGGGCUCGUUUGCAAAGGCUCACUCUGAAGCGAGGAUCUCUGCUGCUCAUCUGACUCAGCGAAAGGAUCCAAAGAUAAAGAAGUGCUGCGUCUGCCUCCUCCUCCACCACAGGCCUCAGAUGACUGCUGGUUUUCAGCUCCUGCUGGCUGCCACCCUGUGGAUGAUGUCUCAUGUGGGAGCUGCUGCUGCUGCUUACUGUAAACUAGCCAUUUCACCCAGAGAGAUAAACGCCCUGCUGGAUUAUCACAACUGAGUCCGCUCUCAGGUCUUUCUUCCUGCUGCUAAUAUGAAGUACUUGAUGGUCUGGGCGAGCACCAACAGGGUGGGAUGUGCUGUGAGGAAGCGCUCGAGCAUGGACGUGUUCGGGAGCACCUGGAGGGAAGCGACGCUGCUGGUCUGCAACUACUUCUUUAAAGUAAAAAACUGGGUGGGAGAGGCUCCCUAUGAGACCGGAAAGCCUUGUUCUGGAGGCUCCUGCUGUAAAAACAAGGGCACACUCAACACAAAAACCAGAAGACUUUAA